CAUUUUCUUAACAAAAAGAAAAAAAAGAAAAAGAAAAAGGAAUUUUGUUAUAUCCAAAGGAAAAAGAGAAAUAUCAUAAGAGCAACACGAUUAUGCUACUGCUCUUAUCUUCACCAUCCUCACUCAUGCAAUCUUUUCCCUCCUUAAAAUUACUUUGUGCUGUACAAGGACAAGGACCUAUAUUUGCUUCAAAGGAACAAUCAACAAAUGGAUGCACUAAUCAGAAACCAAAGGAUUACAUAUUGCAGGAUAGCUCCAUAUUACAUCCUGAGAAAGCAUUAAGGAGGAAACUUGUGAUUUCUGUUUUAGUAUCAGCUGGUGUUUUACCAACUUUAUCUUCUUAUGCAAAGACAAAAAAUAUAAAUCCUUAUAAUGAAAAGCGUGUGUUACAACAAAAUAGACAGAUACAGAAACAAAACAAUGCACCAGAUGACUUCCCAAAUUUUAUUAGAGAAGGUUUUGAAGUUAAAGUGAUAGCACCAGAUAACUAUGUAACACGUGAUUCGGGGCUUAUAUACCUAGAUUUUGAAGUUGGUAAAGGUGAUUGUCCAAAGGAUGGUCAGCAGGUCACAUUUCACUAUGUUGGCUAUAACGAAUCUGGCCGCCGUAUUGACAGCACUUAUUUGCAGGGUUCUCCUGCCAAAAUUCGCAUGGGCAACAAGGCAUUGGUUCCAGGAUUUGAGGAAGGAAUUAGAGACAUGAGACCAGGUGGAAAGAGAAGAAUCAUUAUUCCCCCUGAUCUUGGUCCCCCGGUAGGACCUUCAACAUUUUUCAGCUCAAAACAAUUUGAAGUUUUUGAUGUUGAAUUAUUAAGCAUAAAAGACUGUGAAAGAAGAACCAUAGGAUUUUACUCUGAUGUCGUAUGCAAUUGAGACAAAGGCUACCAUGUCUACACCAUAGAUAUUAGCUAGGAACUAAACUAUGAUCUUACUACAUAAUAGCAUUAUUGCAUCAUUUGAUCAAUGUAAAUGGUCCUACUAAUUAGUAGGAUAAGGUUUGGUUGUUGUUGUAUUACUGAUAUAAAAGCAGUAACAUAUUUACUUGCUUUGAGGCUAUUAUCAUUCAUCAUUUGUCAAGUA